CGCAACCAGUGUCUCUUCAUCUUCCUGGGAAAGGUAGCCACAAAGUGAGCAAGAUGGCCUGGUGGAAAUCUUGGGUUGAACAGGAGGGCGUCACAGUGAAGGGCAGCUCCCACUUCAACCCGGACCCAGAUGCAGAGACCCUCUACAAAGCCAUGAAGGGUAUCGGGACCAACGAGCAGGCUAUCAUAGAUGUGCUCACUCGGAGAAACAAUUCCCAGAGGCAGCAGAUUGCCAAGUCCUUCAAGGCUCAGUUCGGCAAGGACCUCACUGAGACCUUGAAGUCAGAGCUGAGUGGCAAGCUCGAGAGACUCAUCGUGGCCCUCAUGUAUCCACCAUAUAGAUAUGAGGCCAAAGAGCUACACGAUGCCAUGAAGGGCUUAGGAACCAAAGAGGGAGUCAUCAUUGAGAUCCUAGCCUCCCGGACCAAACACCAGCUACAGGAGAUCAUGAAGGCCUAUGAGGAAGACUAUGGGUCCAGCCUGGAGGAAGACAUCCAAGCAGACACAAGCUGCUACCUAGAGCGCAUCCUGGUGUGCCUCUUACAGGGCAGCAGGGAUAAUCUAAGUGGCUUUGUGGACCCAGGACUGGCCCUCCAAGAUGCACAGGAUCUGUAUGCAGCGGGCGAGAAGAUCCGAGGAACCGACGAGAUGAAAUUCAUUACCAUCCUGUGUACCCGCAGUGCCACCCACCUGAUGAGAGUGUUUGAGGAAUAUGAGAGAAUCGCCAACAAGAGCAUUGAGGACAGUAUCAAGAGUGAGACCCACGGCUCCCUGGAGGAGGCCAUGCUCACUGUGGUGAAAUGCACGCGCAACCUCCAUGGCUACUUUGCUGAGCGACUCUACUAUGCCAUGAAGGGAGCAGGAACACGCGAUGGGACUCUGAUAAGGAACAUCGUUUCCAGGAGUGAGAUUGACUUAAAUCUUAUCAAAGGUCAAUUCCAGAAGAUGUAUGGCAAGACUCUUAGCAGCAUGAUCGCGGAUGACACCAGUGGUGACUACAAGAAUGCCCUCCUGAGCCUGGUGGGUAGUGACCCAUGAACGCACCAAAUGAGCACAGAAGCCAAGAAACUGGAGUCUCCAGGGCCCUGCUUGUAUGACCUUGGCCAUGGGUGGGGUGGGGGGUGGGAACUUCAGUAGUCUUUUAGUUUUCUAGCUCCCAGUUUCAAGGGCUCUUCAGACAAUGUUUUUGACCCAGAGGGUGAAACUACCCUGGGCUCCUCUUCUUCCACCAUUCCCCAGGUCAUUUCAGGAUACGUGUGCAACCUGAGCAUACCUCUAGAACAAAUAAGUCCACAUGAAGGGACCUGCAAGAGGUCAGAGGUCAUCUCUUCCUCUCCAGAUAGGAACUUUUCAUUGGCACAGAAUCAUCUGAGCACAGGUUAUACAGAUAUACCUUAGCCUUGCCCCAUCUACUGAAUCAGGGUCUGGGAGGAAGGAGGGAGGAGUCUGGGGAGGAUGGCGGGAUCCAAGGAAUGAAUAUAGGAUAUCUAACACGUGUCUCAGACAAUAGGCUUCCUUAUUGGGCAACCAAUAAGAAGCUCAAGAGAGAGCUUUGGUUUGAGGCACAAGCCUGUGAGCAACUAAAAAAGGGACCCAUAGGUGCCAAUUGGCAAGUCUAUAACCUUCAACCAUCCUCUUUGGAAAACCAUAACAAAGUAAUUACACCAGGUCUUCAAGGCUCAAACCUAGUCCCUGAUGCAAUCAGUGUUCUUUCCUUCCAUUAUGAAGCAUGAAACACAGGGAAGUGCCCAGCCCUGAACAAAACUCUCAUCCUAAUUCCGUGACUUUCACCCUGAUUUCAUGCCCUUAGAGCCUGGAUAAUGGAGAAGCUGAUGGAAGUCUUCUUAUAUAUGUGUUGGGUUUUCCGAG